GCCCCCUCCUCCCCAGCAGGCUGAGGCCUGAACCCGGGGAUGCCCACAUUCAUUCAUUCCAAAGUUUCAAGGCCUCUUGAAGGAGCAGGGAGAACAGGACCUAUGUGUGUGGGAGGGUGGAUGGGAGUCUGUUUACUUACUUAGAGUCCAGGCUGACUCCAGAGGAAUGGGGCCAGUCCCAUCCUCACCCCCUCUGGGGACAUUUUCCAGGGUUUUUCUUGCAGCUACUUCAGAAAACAUGGCCAAGUUUGCCCUGAAUCAGAACCUGCCCGACCUGGGCGGUCCUUGCCUGGGCUCCGGCCCCACCGCGGGCGCCCGCAGCCCGAGCUCGCCCUACUCAGUGGAGACGCCGUAUGGCUUCCACCUGGACCUGGACUUCCUCAAGUACGUGGAGGAGCUGGAGCGGGGCCCCGCCCCCCGCCGCGCCCCGGGCCCCCCGCCCCCGCGUCGCCCCCGUGCACCCCGGGCGGGCCUCGCUGGCGCGCGAAGCCCAGGCGCCUGGACCUCCAGCGAAUCCUUGGCCAGUGACGAUGGGGGAGCAUCGGGCGCACUCUCCCCCGGCGCACCCUCGGGGCUCCUGCUGCCGCCGCUGUCGCCACGCGUGCCCAUCCGUAACUCGCGCGUCGAGCACACACUCCUGGAAACCAGCCGGCGGCUGGAGCUGGCGCAGGCGCACGCGCACGAGCGCGCGCCCAGCCCCGCCCGCGCCGUCCCGCGCAGCCCGCGGGGAUCUGGCCGCAGCAGCCCCGCCCCCAGCCCCGCCUCCAACCCCGCCCCCGCCUCUCCCGGGCCCGCGCAAUUGCAGCUGGUGCGCGAGCAGAUGGCCGCGGCUCUGCGGCGCCUGCGCGAGCUCGAGGACCAGGCGCGCGCGCUGCCCGAACUGCAGGAGCAGGUGCGCGCGCUGCGUGCGGAGAAGGCACGGCUGUUGGCUGGACGCGGGCAGCCGGAGCCCGACGGGGAGGUCGAGGCGCGCCCCGACAAGCUAGCCCAGCUGCGGCGCCUCACCGAGCGCCUAGCCACCUCCGAGCGCGGCGUUCGCUCCAGGGCCAGUGUCUGGGCCGAUGGCCCCGACGGGCCGGCUUCUAGGCGCAGUGAGGGCGCGCUCGAGGCCCCCGACGGAACCGGGACCCCCGACGGAACCGGGACCCCCGACGGGGCGCCGCAGACGCGGGAGGCUGGCGUCCAGGCGGUGCCCGAGACCCAAGACGCUAGGGCCCAGGCGAUGCCGGAGACCCGGGAGGCCGGCGUAGACGCUGCCCCCGAGACCCUCGAGUCGGACGCGUGGGUGACCGAGGCGCUGUUGGGGUUGCCCGAGGCCGCCGAGCGCGAGCUGGAGCUGCUCCGCGCCAGCCUGGAGCACCAGCGCGGGGUGAGCGAGCUCCUGCGCUGCCGGCUGCGCCAGCUGGAGGAGGCCCGCGAGGCUGCCGAGGAGGAGGCAGCUGCGGCGGCCCAGCCCCAGCCGCGCGAGGCUGCCACUCAGACCCCGUGGGGUUGUGCUGCGAAGGCCACACAGACCGAGGCCCUCGCCGAGGCCCCUAGCCUGAGUCAGGAGAACCCGUCGGGACCCACGGAUGGGGACAGAGCCGUGGCCCCUGCGGGCAUCCUCAAAUCCAUCAUGAAGAGGAGAGAUGGUACACCUGGAGCCCAGCCCAGUCCAGGACCCAAGAGCCUGCAGUUUGUUGGGGUCCUCAACGGAGAGUACGAGAGCUCAUCCAGCGAGGACGAUAGCGACAGUGACAGCGACAGCGGCAGCGAGGACGGUGCUGCCGAGCCUCCAAGGAGCAGCUUGUCCGGGUAUGACAGAGGCAGGGAUGUCGGGGACGACAGUGGCAAGGAUCCCGAGCCCGAGCCCGAGCCCGAACCCGAACCCGAGCCCGAGCCCGAGCCCCAGCCGGAGCCGGAGGCAGAACCUCAGCCUGGUGCGCAGGGGAGGUGCGAGCUGAGCCCGCGUUUGAAGGAGGCGUGCGCAGCGCUGCAGCGGCAGCUGAGCCGGCCCCGCGGAAUCGCCCGCGAUGGCGGCGCGGCGCGCCUAGUGGCCCAGGAGUGGUUUCGAGUGUCCAGCCAGCGGCGCUCUCAAGCCGAGCCCGUGGCUGGGGUCCUGGGAGCGGUGGCGCGCCUGGGACCCGAGCUCCUGGCGCACGUGGUGAACCUGGCGGAUGGCAACGGCAACACAGCCCUGCACUACACCGUGUCCCACGGGAACCUGACCAUCUCGAGCUUGCUGCUGGAUACCGGGCUCUGCGAGGUUGACCAUCAGAAUCGGGCUGGCUACUCAGCCCUCAUGCUGGCUGCACUUACCUCUGUGGGGCGAGAAGAGGACAUGGCUGUGGUUCAGAGACUCUUCCAUAUGGGCAACGUUAACGCCAAGGCCAGCCAGACAGGACAGACGGCCCUCAUGCUGGCCAUCAGCCACGGCCGCCAGGACAUGGUGGCGGCCCUGCUGGCAUGUGGGGCAGAUGUGAAUGCCCAGGAUGCGGAUGGGGCCACGGCGCUGAUGUGUGCCAGUGAGUACGGGCGCCUGGACACGGUCCGGCUGCUGCUGGCCCAACCAGGCUGCGACCCAGCCCUCCUGGACAAUGAGGGCACCAGUGCCCUGGCCAUUGCCCUGGAAGCUGAGCAGGACGAGGUGGCCGCUCUGCUGCAUGCCCACCUGAGCUCGGGCCAGCCUGACCCCCCGGUGAGUGCAGCCCCUGGCCCGGAGAAACCAAGCCUCCCAGCUGCGCGUUGGGUUCAAAGAGGAUACCAAGUGUGCCCCGGGAAGGAGGCCUCCCUUUCUUUUCCCCUGGGGAAUCAGCCAGGAUUGGGAACCUGGGUUUGAAACUCUUGCAUGUGGCUGGGAUCUGAUGUUCACCCUGCAAAAUAACCGUGAGACACAUCUCCAUGUUACAUGAGCCCGAGGUCUCCAGAGGGGAAGUGCCCUAAGAUCAGACUAGAGCUGUUAGACCUAGCUCAGACCUUCCCUGUCAGUGGACUCCCGCUACUGCCUCCAAGAGGCUUCCACCAAAGAACAAGGGAUCCUCUAGAGUUAGGGAGGGGAAGGGGGGUGCAGGUUCCCUGCAAGCCAGAGUUUGGCCAGCAGCAGGGAAGAAGGAGGGAGGGCCAAGCCAGGAGUAGAAUACUCAAGUUUACCUCCAAGGGAAAAAGGCUUAUUCUCUUUUAUAAAACAAAUGCCAGGCUGUUCUCAGUACUACUUAAUUAAACUCAUCCAAUCAGCCUGCCAUCUUGCACUCUUCUGUAGAGAUGUGGGGAAGGAGAGCUGGAGUUGCCUCUUCAGGGUCAGAUGGAGGCAGAGGUGGAUUCAAAACCAGGCAGCCUAGCUCCACUGUAAAAGGUGGAGU